AUGGCUAAUGCACUUCGCGCCUUUAUGAUGAGCAUUUUACGUCCAAUAAUUUGGUGUAUUCAUCGACUGCCUCAUCGAGGUCGUCUCCAACCAGAACACGCAAGGCGAAUACGUAAUGGAGACGUAGAACAAGCACUGGGACCACAUUUACUCAGUCGAACUCCCCUCCUUUCCGCCGGAACGACUCUGGAAUUAAAGGAUUUUAUCAGAGACCUGAAGCUGACGACCAAUUCUUCGACUGUGGGGAAACUUAUAAUAUCGCGAUUUCAGCUUCGAAAAAGCAAGCGUUUACCGUUUCGCCAUGAGUAUGUGGUGUUGUUUGUCGAAAGCAAGGGAGUCGAGUACAUUAUUCGUAUCGACCGUCUAGGCAACUUGGGCUCCUUGACUAAAGGCGUGCGUUGGCACAUGGGGAGUUUUGGUAUUGGUGGGUAUAGUAAGGACUGUGUGCACAUUGAAGAGGCAAGUUCCGAACUUGGGAGGUUGCUAAAAGAAGACCCUGCGGGAAGCAACAUCCUUGCAGACCUUCACCACUGGUCAUCGGUUAUCCAAAUCAAGGAGGAUUGUGUUGACUUACGGAAGGCUGCUGCCAAUCUGUUAAAUGAGAUCAAUUAUAAAAUGCAAUGCUCAGAGCGCUACCUUCUUCAACAAAUCAUAGAUCUAUAUGAUAUAUCGUCCAAUCCUAGCUUUGGUCUCAUCGCAUCUAAUCAGGCACGCUUCAGAGCAUUCGAAAAGGCCACCUUGAAAAAGCUGCCAGACUCGAUACCAGACCUUCUGAUGCAGUACUUCCGUGUCUACUCUCGCCGAAGAAUUGGACUGCACGAUACUGCGUUACGUGGAUCCUUUGCUCUCUUGGGUCUAAAUGAAAGCAAAAAUACAAAAUGGAGAGACCCUAUAUCUCAUUACCGGGUACUAUCCGCUGUAUCCCGGUAUCCUUUAACCUUGCUUGAUCUAUCACAUCGACUGGAGGUUCUUUCGAAAGCAUGGCCUGCAUACAACCUAAUUACAACUAACUGUAACCUGAUCGUAAUGUAUCUAUCGGCUCUGAAACUCGCGGGCACACGGUUUCUCAAAAGCGCUCUAAAACAUGACGCAGAAUUCUCGGCCAGUAUCACAAGCUCCCCCUCUUCGGAAGAGCAUAAACCAAGACCUAGAAGAUCCCUGUCGACUGGAGGGUUACCAGCGGAGAUUCAGCUUGGGGCGGAAAAAGAUAAUUUCCUGCCUAUACCCACAAGUCAGGAUCGACAGCACGACCGAAAAAGAGCGUAUAGCAUCACUUGUGUAUGA